AUGGAUGGAUGGAUGGAUGCGCUGGGCUUUCUGCCCCCAUCCGCUGUGAUCAGUUGCUACCCUCUACGGUUUCCUGCCGAUUCGGAGGUAGAAGGACGGAGAGGGGGGCGAAGGAGCAGGGAAUUGAUGGAAAGAGAAUUGAGAAUGAGAGAGGGAGGGAAAGAAGGAGGGAGAGAGAGAGAGAGAGAGAGGCUGAUACGAUCUGAUCUCAGACUCGAGAAAUCGAAUGAUGGUGUUGUUGUUUCUCUUUCUGCCCCCUCCCUCCCUUCUAUCUCCCUCUUUCUCUUUCUCAUUCUCUGCCCUCGAAAGUGA